CCCUCAAGUACACAAAACCCCCCUCACAACAAUAUGGCUGCCUCUGUAGACGCAGAGCUUGCUGUCGCCAUUUCUGAGCCCCGUCCCUAUAUACGGAACCCGAAGUCAUGGGUAUUUAACGACCCAGACGCGGUAACCAUGAAAGGGUGGGGAGAGGCACCGGUUAAAUACACCAAGGACGACUGCGUGGCAGCCAUGCGCGGCGAGAGGGCUCCUUCCGAGCAAGUCGACCAGUUGCCCGACGUCAUGCGGUGCAGCGUUCUCAGAGGCAUCCGCCAUCACCACGGCUUCGCCACCGAGCUUCGCACCAUGUCCUGCGGCCCAGAGCACAUACGAGCCCUCAAUGCGCGGGCCAUCAUGAGCAACGAGAUUCCCGAUAUAGACAAACCGGAACACAUUCCUUACUGCAUCUGGUACCCUGAUGUCGCCACCGAGGAUACCUACCGCGCCCUAGUAAGACGGUAUCCCCAGAUGCGCUACCACGUCGGUCGCGCCACCGCCGUGGCCGGCUACGUCGACCUAUACCGAGAACUCGAUCUCCUCCCAGACCUCGCGAUUGCCGAGGAGGCGCGGGAUAAUGCGGGCAACAGCGGUAGCCGGGAGAUCUUCGACUUGAUCGUGAGCCAGCCUGCCAGGUGGCGGGUCAUGGACGACUAUGCCAGGUGUGUGGCGCUGGAAACCCCGCUGCUUGCGAAGCAUGGUCUGAAUGGCGAUACUGCGGUGCGGUCUCUGCUGGGGCUGAGGCGCAGGUACGAUGGGCGGAGCCACAAUACUUCUGACAUACGGGGGUCGCAUGGGGAAUUUCGCCCAGAUGACUCAGACCACGAGGAACUCGCGCGUCGGUAUUUCAACAUUACUGAGGACUGGAGCAUUGAUGAGUUCAGUUCGGUGCGCAAUGCUUCAUGUAGCUGUGGUAAGCAUGACCGGGAAACCCCCCUGCCUGACAACAGCGAUAUGCUGGCGCUCUUGUGGAACCCGCUGCCGACAGACCUCCCCGCCGGCGACAAAGACGUCCUCAUCCUAAUGGCCGCAUAUUAUGGAGACAUUGACAGAUACGAGCGUCUGAGGCGACCGAUGCUUGUGUCGCAGGUGGAGGAGUUGUGUGUCAGGCGUGGUAUUUACCACAACACCAUGUUCGCAAAAUGGUGGUCUCUCCAACCCGAUAGCGACCACUAUCGCUAUCAAUGUGCUAUCAAUGCGCGCGCCAUCAUGAACAACGACCUAUCCCGCAUCACCGACCAAACCUCGGAAUACGACCUGCCCUACCAGAUCUGGUGGCCCCUCAGAGCUCACCCCGAAACAUAUAUCGAACUAGCCCGCCGAAAACCAUCAAUGAAGCCGGCCGUAGCGCGGGCCUUGAUCGUCGCUGACUACCAGGAAGCCUGGGACGGAUUUGACUUCGAACCACACGGCGAGCUGGUCGUCGAGGCCAAGGCGAGCCCCAACCCGCACUACCUCGCGGACCUGGAAAGGCGAUGCACGGAAUCAGGGCUUGAUUUCGAGAGACUGGAGAUCGUAAGCCAGUGGUCUCAGAGGGAGUUUGCCAUCAAUAGCUACGUCGAUGACACGACCACGUUUCUACGCUCGUCUAUCUCUGUGGCCGAUUUCGACUGGCUCGAGCAGGGACCCGCACCCUACAACAGCGAGAGGGUUAACAUGAGCGAAGCGGAGCUGUUCGCCAUUGUUCCGGAUGAGAUGCGGCCGCCGGAGGGGUUUGAAGCUGUCAUUCUUGGGACGCUUUACUACGAGUAUGGGCACAAGCCACCUGCUGAAGAUGCGGAAUCGGAGGCAUAUAUUCCUCGGGAUCCGACCUGGAGGAGAAUUGGGAGAGGCGGAAGCAGGGGAGGAAGGGGCGGGGGGAACGGCAUCCCGUGGGGGAAUGGCCGAUGGGCAACGCGCGGACGAUAAGAGAUUCGUCCGUUCCUUAUCCCAUAUGGCAAAACCAUACUUGCGGUAAUUAUGGGUCAAAUAUUGCUCCCUCCAGGGGCGACAUCCAGUGUGUCGCGGCCUGAACGUGAAAUACCCAGGAUAAGCCAAGCCAGUUAAGGCCGCACUGUCCUCGCUCCAUCUCGUCGUCCCCAGUGUGUGCAAAGAGUGGCUCCGAAGAACAACUAAAGUCAAAACUGCUGUUUCCAG